AAAAAUGAAUACAAACGAACUCAACCACUUGAUAUAAAAAUGUUAUAGCAUUGAAAAACAAUUAGGAGGGAAUGCAGAAGCCAGUAAAUAUAAUUGUACUAUCAAAAAGCAAAAAAAGUCAAAAAGUCAAGAGAAUUUGAUACUAUUAAAGAUUUGUUAAUUGCUAAGAUAUUUCAAAUUAGCAAAUUAUAAGACUAAAGGGACGAGAAAAUGGCUAAGUAUGGGAAUGAUAGAGAUUAAAUUGCUAUGGGUAAAAUAGUUUGAAUAUAUUGUUGAAUAGGAGUGUAAAUCAGAGAUGAAAUUCAUGAAGUUGAUAGAAUGAUCAAACAAAUGGGCGAAUCUUUAGAAAGGAUGAGCAGAAAUGGAAAGAAAUAUUCACCUCAAGAAAUCGAACUUAGAUCUAAGAUAUUACAAAAAUAUAAACAGAAUGUUGAGAAUUUAAAAUUAAGAGAAUAAGGAGAGCGUGCAGAAGACACAGAAAACGAAAAACCAUUGCUUCUUAAAGAUUUAUAAUAAUGUAAUUUAUAUAUGAAUUAUAAUCUAUUUAGAGCUUUACAAAAACAAACCAAAUAGAGAAGUCGUUUAUCAAAUCACAAAAGAUGAAUAGGAAGCUUUGGAUCGAUUUGCUAAAAAUGAUCUAAUAAUUGAUGAAAAAGUGGAUGUAAUUAUAGAUGGAGUUGAAUAAUGGAAAGCAAAAGCACAAGGUAUAAGACAGGUAAAUAUUAUUACAUAAAUUUUUUCAUUAGAAAAUUGAUUAAACAAUAGGUCAAAUCCACCAAAAUCAUAUUUAAGUUGAUAAAACCAAUAAAACAUUAUAGUACUCCAAUAAACAAUUAAAAGAACUCCUAAUCAAAUUUAGAUAACCAAACAAGUUUUGUUUAGACAUCACACUCUUUUUGUUAUUCUUAGGAAUAAUUGGUGUAAUUGUCAAUAUGUUUUAUUCUAAAAAAUGACCAAUGAUUUAGC